GUUUUUGUGUAAGGGGACACGAUUGCAGAGAGAGGCAGUGCAGGAGAGCACCUCAUUUAUAUAUAUAUACACUUUGCAUGAGGAAAGAGUGUUGUUUAUUCAAAACAUACAUAUAAGCCCCAUUGUCUGCCAAAAAGAAAGGAAAAAAGAACAAAGCCUAGAGUUAUCCUGAUAAUUGCAGUUUUCUGAAGGCUAGUGAACUUGUAACAGAGAAACAGCUUUUGCAUUUCAGAUAAAAAGAAUGGCCUACUCGGUUCCAACACAAAAUUUUGUAGCCAUUUCAGAUGUGCAUCCAAAUCUUGCUCGUCCUAGUAUAAUUGGUAUGGUGAUUGGGAAAACAGAUGCCAAAGGCUUUCCAGACAGAAAAAAUAUUGGAUCAGAAAGGUACACUUUUAGCUUCACUGUCCGCGAUUCGCCAUCUUAUUUCAUAAAUGUACAUUCUUGGGGAAGAGAGGACUAUAUUAAAUCACUUUCAGAAAGCUUUAGAGUUGGUGACUGUGUCAUAAUUGAAAAUCCUUUAGUUCAGACAAAAGAGGCUGAAAAGGAAGAAAAAUUCAACGCUACAACUCCUAGCUGCUACAAACUGCUCCUCAGUGAGAAUCAUUCCGUGGUUAAAAUCUGUCCCCACUAUGAAGUUGACACCAAACUACUGUCCCUGUUGAAUCUACCUGUGAAGAACCCUCAAGAUUUUUACUCUCUGGCAGACAUUGCAGCCAAUGGACAGAGCCUGGAAGGAAGAAUCAUUAAUAUUCUUGCAGCUGUCAAGUCGGUUGGAGAACCAAAGUACUUCACCACUUCGGACAGACGAAAGGGUCACAGAUGUGAAGUAAGGCUGUAUGAUGAAACCGAGUCUUCCUUUGCAAUGAUAUGCUGGGACAAUGAAUCUAUCCAGCUUGCACAGAGCUGGAUGCCACGAGAAACAGUAAUAUUUGCAUCAGAUGUAAGAAUAAAUUUUGACAAAUUUAGAAAUUGCAUGGUUGCAACUGUACUCUCAAAAUCCAUCAUUACUACUAAUCCCGAUACACCAGAAGCAAUCAAUCUACACAACUUUAUAAGAGAAAGUGCAGAAAUGUUAGAUUUGGAUGAUGAAAUGGGAGAUCAUUUCAGAGAUUCCAUAAAUGUACAGGCAAUAGUUGAUGUUUAUACAGUGGAGCAAUUAAAGAUGAAACCUUUGCAAAAUGAGGGAAAAUCAGAACCUUUCUAUGGCAUUAUUUUUGCCUACAUUUCUAUGCUGAAUAUUGAUAAUGAGACAACUAAAAUAAUACGAAACAGAUGUAGCAAGUGCCACUAUGUGGUCAAUGAAGGAACAAACUCAUGCUCCUUCUGUAGCAGCUUUGUCUCCUCCUCAGAUGCCACACUACUCUUUGCCAGCUUUGAUGUACGAGUUGAUCUGACAGACCACACAGGCACUCUCCAUUCUUGCAAUCUCUCAGACACAGUGGCUGAAGAAGCUUUAGGCUGCACGGUCCAGGAGUUCCAGACUCUGACAGAGGCUCAAAAAACAGCCCUAAAAUGGCACCUUCUUCUAGAACGAAGCAAAAUUUAUUUUAAAGUUAUUAUUUCGCCCAAUGCACGAACCAGACUGAGAGUUAGUUUGCUUUCUUGCAAACUAGCAGAUCCUGUGGAGGCCAGUCAAAACCUGCCUGGAAAAGACCUACCUUGUCCAGCUUCAGAACAGCUGGAAGGAGUCUAAGUUGUUGUAACAUGGUGAAUUUACAUCUUGGGGGGGGCGUUGCAUUCUCAUUGCAAAGAUGCUAGAAAGUGUGCUUUAUCAUUCAUGUUUUAAAACUGUGUACUAUCAUUUAAGGAAGAGUUUACCUUAGUCCAUCCUUCACCAAAUUGCUGUCCAGCUCCAAUCAGUUGGAACUGAUGAGAGACCUAGUCCAAAACAUGGUGGAUUUACAAGGCUGGCAAAGGCAGCCUUAGUCUGACUCAAGAGACCUAGAUAUACUAUCUACAUUCUUUUUAAAACAAAGUUUUCAUUCCAUGUAUAACAUAUUUGAGUAAAAAUAUACUUAUGAA